GACUUGGGGGAAUCUCUUUUCUAUGAGCUUCAGUCGGUUCAGCUGUUAAAUGGGAACACUAAUCUCGACCCCCUAAAGCAUGUUGCAAGGCUUGAGAAACGGGCCUAAAGGGUCUCGAGAGUUGUACCGAAUCGUUAUUAUGGUUGAUUUGACCACAGUUCAGGCAGGGCGCACGCUCCACGGUGUUGCCUUCUCGUUGCAGUGUCGGGGGCACGGGGUCGGCGGGGGGGGGGGGGGGUGCGUUGUGGGAUAGUGAGGCUGUCCUAUCGCUCUGCACCCUCUUCCCCAGUCGCCUCGCCCACCCCUCCGCAGGGCGUGGGCGUGGCUGGGGAAGCUCGGGUGCAGGCUACGCAGGCGGCAAGGGAGGAGUCCCACGUGACCGAGGGGCGGAGUGUCAGCUCCCUUGCUGCGGCUUGUCCGAGGCGGGGCUGCUGCAGAGCAUCUUCUGGCUGGAGCCGCGCUUUGUUCUUGUUGCUGCCUCCCAGACCUGCUGACGUCUGGGUCCAUCCCUCGCUCCCCUUCUGGCUCCUCCUGCCCACCCUCUACAUCUGAGCCUGCAUCCUUUUACCCAAAAGCUCCUUUCCAGAUCCCGCCCUCGCCCCUCCCCCAAACUUCUGGCCAGCGCCCCUGCCUGAUACCCUUUUAUCCAUCCCUCUCUCCUGCACCUUAUACCUGGUCCCCAUCUCCUGUCCUCUUCCCAAGUUCCGGCGCUCUGCCCGGCCCCGCCCCUCCGGACCGGGGAUGUACCCCGCAGCCCCGCGCCCAUGGUCCUGACGCUGCUCCUCUCCGCCUAUAAGCUGUGCCGCUUCUUCACCAUGUCGGGCCCAAGGCCAGGCUCUGAGCGUCUAGCGGUGCCGGGGCCAGACGGGGGCGGCGGUGCGGGCCCAUGGUGGACCGCGGGCGGCCGCGGGCCCCGCGAGGUGUCGCCCGGGGCGGGCGCCGAGGUUCAGAGCGCCCUGGAGCGCGCGCUGCCCGAGCUGCAGCAGGCGCUGUCUGAGCUGAAGCAGGCGGGGGGCGCGCGAGCCGUGGGCGCCGGCCUGGCCGAGGUCUUCCAACUAGUGGAGGAGGCCUGGUUGCUGCCGGCCGUGGGCCGAGAAGUAGCCCAGGGUCUGUGCGACGCCAUCCGCCUGGACGGCGGCCUCGACCUGCUGCUGCGACUGCUGCAGGCGCCGGAGCUGGAGACGCGCGUGCAGGCCGCCCGCCUGCUGGAGCAGAUCCUGGUGGCUGAGAACCGGGACCGCGUGGCGCGCAUCGGGUUGGGCGUGAUCCUGAAUUUGGCAAAAGAGCGUGAGCCGGUGGAGCUGGCGCGGAGCGUGGCAGGCAUCUUGGAGCACAUGUUCAAGCACUCGGAAGAGACGUGCCAGCGGCUGGUGGCGGCCGGUGGCUUGGACGCGGUGCUGUACUGGUGCCGCCGCACGGACCCGGCGCUGCUCCGCCACUGCGCACUGGCGCUGGGCAACUGCGCGCUGCACGGGGGCCAGGCGGCGCAGAGGCGCAUGGUGGAGAAGCGCGCUGCAGAGUGGCUCUUCCCGCUCGCCUUCUCCAAAGAGGACGAGCUGCUGCGGCUGCACGCCUGCCUCGCGGUGGCGGUGCUGGCAACCAACAAGGAGGUGGAGCGGGAGGUGGAGCGCUCCGGCACCCUGGCGCUCGUGGAGCCGCUCGUGGCCUCGCUAGACCCCGGUCGCUUCGCCCGCUGCCUGGUGGAUGCCAGUGACACGAGCCAGGGACGCGGGCCCGACGACCUGCAGCGCCUCGUGCCGCUGCUGGAUUCGUCGCGCUUGGAGGCCCAGUGCAUCGGGGCUUUCUACCUCUGUGCUGAAGCGGCCAUCAAGAGCCUCCAGGGCAAGACUAAGGUAUUCAGCGACAUCGGAGCCAUCCAGAGCCUGAAACGCCUGGUUUCCUAUUCCACCAACGGCACCACGUCGGCGCUGGCGAAGCGUGCGCUACGUCUGCUGGGUGAGGAGGUGCCGCGGCCCAUUCUGCCCUGCGUGGCCAGCUGGAAGGAGGCCGAGGUCCAGACGUGGCUGCAGCAGAUCGGCUUCUCCCACUACUGCGAGAGCUUCCGGGAGCAGCAGGUAGAUGGUGACCUGCUUCUGCGACUCACGGAGGAAGAGCUCCAGACCGACCUGGGCAUGAAAUCGGGCAUCACCCGCAAAAGAUUCUUUAGGGAGCUCACGGAGCUCAAGACCUUCGCCAACUACGCUACGUGCGACCGCAGCAACCUGGCCGACUGGCUGGGCAGCCUGGACCCGCGCUUCCGCCAGUACACGUACGGCCUGGUCAGCUGCGGCCUGGACCGCUCCCUGCUGCACCGCGUGUCUGAGCAACAGCUCCUGGAGGACUGCGGCAUCAGCCUGGGCGUGCACCGCGCCCGCAUCCUCACGGCCGCCAGAGAAAUGCUACACUCCCCGCUGCCCUGCACUGGCUGCAAGCCCAGUGGGGACAUCCCAGAUGUCUUCAUCAGCUACCGCCGGAACUCAGGCUCCCAGCUGGCCAGCCUCCUGAAGGUGCACCUGCAGCUGCACGGCUUCAGUGUCUUCAUUGAUGUGGAGAAGCUGGAAGCAGGCAAGUUUGAGGACAAGCUCAUCCAGAGUGUCAUAGGUGCCCGCAACUUUGUGCUGGUGCUGUCAGCUGGGGCAUUGGACAAGUGCAUGCAGGACCACGACUGCAAGGACUGGGUGCACAAGGAGAUCGUGACUGCUUUGAGCUACGGCAAGAACAUUGUGCCCGUCAUUGAUGGCUUCGAGUGGCCAGAGCCCCAGGACCUGCCCGAGGACAUGCAGGCUGUGCUCACCUUCAAUGGCAUCAAGUGGUCCCACGAGUACCAAGAGGCCACAAUAGAGAAGAUCAUCCGCUUCCUGCAGGGCCGUUCCUCCCGGGACUCAUCUGCAGGUUCUGACACCAGUUUGGAGGGUGCUGCACCCAUGGGCCCAACUUAACCAGUCCUUCGUUCCCAAGCCCUGCCGUGACCCCCAUUUCCGUCGUCCCUCCUGAAGAAGCAGCUCCUCAAACCGGCCUCCCUCAGCAUGGGCCCUUCUCAGGAAAUGACUGUCCCUCUCUCCCCACCCUCAUGGGCCACCUCAAACCCAGCUUCCUCAGUGUCUGGAAAGGGAAGGGAAGCCAGGCAUUGGGGGUGGUAAGGGUCAGACCCCCCCCCCCCCCCCCCCCCGCCAAGCCCUGCCACCAGGUUUUCUAUCUCCGGUGUGGGAAAGGCACUGGAGAUUGAGGGUUCACAGCACACUACGCCCCGUCCUGCCCUGACAGCAGCAGCCAGCUUGCAUAGGGGGAAGGCAGGCAGUCUCUGACAAGGGUUAGGGCCAUGCCCACCUUCUCAGCUAACCCAGGGCCUGGGCCCAGCAGUCAGCCAGCACGAGGGUCCAGCGGAUGGCUCUCCGCCUAAAUCAUGCCUGGCUCUCACCACUUCCUGCCACCCUGUGGCCUUGACCUGUAACCACUCAGUGUCCUUAGCUGGCCUGGCCUGGUCCCAAGUCCCCUCUCAGCCUUUCUGAGGUGCAGCCCCCUUAGCCACAUCCAAGGUCAGCGUUGGGCUGAACCUGCCCUCACUCUGGCUGGUCUGUGGCUACGGCCAGUUUCGCUGCACCCAAUGGUGCAAAGGAGUCCCCAGCUUGGGCCUGGGCAGCCGAGGCCAUCUCAGUGGGCAGCUAGCCACCCUACUUAGCCUUGUUGCUGUGCCUCAGGUUCCUACUGGCCUGGCUCAGCUGGCUUCCCUGGCCCCUCCCCCACCCACAUGCUCAGGGGGAGGCCGGAGGAGGCAGCACUCUGCGGCAGCGGCAAUAGCCUGGGCAGAACCUGCAGCAACACGUUGGAGAGGCAAGAUCCUGAAGAAGGGCAAGGAGUGCAGUUGAAUCUCCCCCGGGAAUUUUGCUAAAAUUGCAUUCAAGAGACCUGGGCAGGGCCUGGGUUUCUGCAUUUCUCACUAAUUCCCAGGUGAGUGGAUGCGGUGGUCAAGGAAUGACCCACUUGAACUAAGCAAGGCUCUAAAACACAAAUCCCUCACAAAUAUUUGCCAUUUCCCAGAACCACCGGAGCAACCCUCCCCGGUAUUAUCUCCAUUUUACAGAUAAGGAAGAGAAUGAUGUGCCAUUUCCCAAAUCAUUAGUGGCAGCCCCAUGAUCCAGACCUGGCCUCCUGGUGCUCCAUCCACUGCCUGUCCUGAGAAUCAUCCUGGAGGUUGUGCCCUGGGCAGGGCUUCGGACUGACAGCUGGCUUCUCCUUUGCCCCAAGAGGCUAGCAGGGGGAGACAGGUUUGCACCAAGAAAGGCUGACCCAGGAGCUGUACAGAAAUAAAUGAGCAGGAAUGUCCCUCAGCCCCUGUCUCCACUAGGGUAGGAGAGCAAAAAAGUACCCUCCCCCCAGUAAACCCAGGCUUCAGCUAAUAGGGUCAGCUAUAGCCUGCCCUCCCUCUUCCCUCCCUGGGGCAGUGAGUUCACACCAGGCUGCCUCAGCUUCCAGAACCACCUCCCACAGGUGCUGGCCGGGUGUAGCUCUUGAGCCACAUCAUCAGAAAGUCAAAGGUCUUCAGGCUUGGGACUCGUUCCUUCCACUCCCCCUCCUGCAGGAGACACUGUCUUUAGCGGGUCCUGGCCCCAGCUCUGGCCUCCACCGCUCUUGAUGCCUUCAUGCCACACGAGUGCCCUUCAGUGCCAGGCCCUGGGUGUGGUGGUGACUGAGGCAGACUGGACGCUGCCUUUGCAGAGCAGAGACAGUAACAAUACAGUGGGAUGACUACCCUCCAGGAGAAA